GACGCACCAUCCUCACUGUCCACUCUUGACUUCUCAAAAGUUCGCUCCUUUGUCUCCCUCGCCCAUGAAUUCCUUGCUCAAAAUUCGAAGGCCUUUUUGCUCCUUCGUCGUCACUGUCUCUCUGCGGCGCUUCUCCUCAACACUCAACCCUCAUGUUUUUGAGGAGAAAAGGGAGGCUUCUAGUUUCAUACACCCAACUGCAGUUAUUCAUCAAAAUGCCGUGAUUGGUCAGGGCGUCUCAGUAGGUUCUUUUUGCACCAUUGGUUCCUCUGCAAAAUUAGGAAAUGGAUGCCAGAUGUAUCCUGCAAGCCACAUCUUUGGUAAUACAGAAUUGGGGGAUCACUGUGUCUUGAUGACGGGUGCUGUGGUUGGUGAUGAUCUUCCUGGGGGUAUUGUCAUAGGUUGUAAUAACAUUAUUGGACAUCAUGCCGUGGUUGGUGUUAAAUGUCAAGACAUGAAAUACAAGUCAGGGGAUGAAUGUUUCCUUGAUAUUGGGGACAACAAUGAGAUCAGAGAACACACUUCUAUCCACCGAUCUUCAAAGUCAAGUGAUAGAACGGUCAUUGGUGAUAAUAACCUUAUCAUGGGAUCUUGUCAUAUUGCUCAUGACUGCAAAAUUGGCAACAAUAACAUAUUUGCUAAUAAUACUCUUCUGGCAGGACAUGUGAUGGUGGAAGAUUAUGUGCACACUGCUGGAGCUAUUGUUGUUCAUCAAUUUUGUCAUGUUGGCUCAUUUUCUUUUAUUGGUGGCGGUGCUGUGGUUUCACAAGAUGUCCCUAAAUACAUGAUGGUGUCUGGAGAAAGAGCUGAGCUUCGUGGUUUGAAUUUGGAAGGUCUUCGUCGUCGUGGAUUUACAGUCACUGAGAUAAGGAGUCUGAGAACAGCUUACCAAAAGAUUUUCAUGCGUGUAAGUGCUAAUCCUAUGGGUUUUGAAGACCGUCUUGAUAAAGUGGAGCAAGAUGAAGAGUUGGGCCUUGUUCCUGCUGUAAGUUCAAUGAUACAGUCUAUUCGUGGUUCUUUUGCUGAAAACCGUCGUGGAAUCUGCAAGUUCAGGCAAUGGACAGGCUCUUAAUAGCAUGCUGCUAUUCUAAUUAAGAACCAUUACAUCAAGGCAGCCAAGAUUAACCUGCAGCAUGAGUACAAUUCUGAGCAGCUUUUGCAAGAGUUCAAUCUGUAGCUUUACAUACACAUUCACCUUUAGGCAGAUAUUAAUUCCACAAGAAUCAGGGAUACCAAUUUUUGGUCUGUUGGCUAACGCCUACUUCUCCACCAGAUUCCAGAAUUCCAUCUUCUCUGCAUUCUUCUGUUGUUUGUUAUAUGGCUAAAAUUUCCAAAUUUAUGUUUUGACACUUGUGGUCGGUGGUCUCUCUAAGUAGCCUUAAUUCCAAUGUCUCAAACAGAGAAAAACUAUGGAUUUGCUAUUUCUCCUUUCAACUCUAGAAAAUUGUUAUUCUUUAUUUCUUUGAUACCACUUGCUAGAGAACUAAGGAAAACCUGUUAUUAUUCGAGUAGAUUAAACCGUUGACUGCAUGGUUCAUCUGAGGAAGAUGGAUGAACUCACUCUUCACUGGCUGCAGGAGCCUGACUUAUCUGUCUUCAACACAUUCCUGUUCCAAAAAAGGUUAAAAUGCACAGGCAGUUUAUGUGAGAGUGAGAUCUGAGCAGAUGUCAUGAACUUAAAAGAGGCAUUUUGAGUGCCUUUUCCUUUGCAAUUAGUGGUUUAACUCCUCUAUGAAUGUGACUUGUGCGGUGAUCUUUUGUUUGCAAAUACUAUAAACAACCAAUAAUUUUGUUUUCUUAUU